AUACUUUUUUUGUACUAAGGGUUUUCAUCCUAUUUUUCCAGCCUUUUAUUUUCUUUUUUUUCUUCCCUUUUGUUUACAUUUUAGACAGCAUUAUACCACGUCUUUUUAUCUCAUCAUAAGACGAUCUCCUUCCAGUUCCUUUUCCCUUUCUCUUUUUUCAUUUAUUUAUUCAUAUUGAUUACCUACUUGCAAUGCCUCCUCCUAUAACGAAUUGGAAAUAUGCUGUACUAUUCUUAAUAUUCAUUCAUCUUGUCAACGGUCAUAAUGAAGCCUUAGAAGCAUCAUUAUCGACAUCAAACACAGCAGACGCGGAUGCUUGUGCUGCUGAAUUUAACCAAGAUUAUAAUAUGCCCAUGAGGGUUGGCGCUCUAUUCAUUGUCUUCGCAACCAGUUCAAUAGGCGUAUUUACUCCUAUUAUUCUACACAAGUUAUCUCCUUAUAGCAAAGGAAGUGGUCGAGACUGGGUAUUAACAAUAGGAAAAUUUUUUGGCACAGGCGUUAUAUUAGCCACUGCUUUUGUUCACAUGCUACCCGAAGCAUUAGAGAGUUUUCAUAGCCCUUGUUUAAGCGAAGGAUGGAAAAGCUAUGGUGCUUUCGGUGGUGUUUUUUGUAUGUUUUCUUCUUUCGCCCUUCAACUAUUGGAAUUAGCAGCUAUUGCGAAUAUCGAUCGCAUACGUGCCAAGAAAGCAGCAAACAACAAAGCAGCAGCAGACGACAUCGAAAAAGCUAUUACAACACAACAAAGCAGCGUAUCAUUAGAGUCCGAUUCUACAGACGCAACAGCAAACAACUCCCCUACAGCAACUAAGUGUAAUGUAUUUGAUCAGGCACGAGGAGUUGAGGAAUCAGGUGCAGGCCACCACCAUCUUCACCAUGAUCAUAUACAUAGUGCUGGACUUUUCGAGGACGAGGAAUCAUUCAAGCAUAUCGGUACUCUUAUCUUGGAAUUGGGCAUCGUAAUGCAUUCCAUCAUUAUUGGUAUUACUUUGUCUAAUGCAGGCAGCGAUGAAUUUAUCACACUUUUAAUCGCGCUUGUCUUUCAUCAGUUUUUCGAAGGCAUUGCGCUAGGUACAAGAAUCAAUGAUAUGAAUAUGGAAGGCUGGAAGCGACCGACUCUAAUGGGACUUUUAUAUAUGGUCAUGACACCAUUCGGUUGUGCCAUCGGUAUUGGUAUUCAUUCCUCAUUUAAUCCCAACUCUUCGUCAGCUAUCCUCUCCAGUGCUAUUCUUGAUUCAUUGUCAGCAGGUAUUCUUCUUUACAAUGCGUAUGUCUCUUUGAUGAGUCAAGAAAUGAAUCAAAAUCCUGAUUUCCGCCGUGCGCCUGCUGCUCGAAAACUGGUUUGCUUUCUCUCUAUGUAUUGUGGUGCUGCUCUGAUGGCGCUCAUUGGCAAGUGGGCGUAGAAUUUAAAGGCACGUUUUUAGCGAUUCAUUCACAUGUUUCCAAUAUGUUAGCAUAUACAUUAUACCUCUUCAUCAAUUUUACCUUGUUGUCAUAGCAUACUGUUGUCUUUUCUUUUCAUAUAUUUAUUUAUAUUCAUAUCAUUUAUAUAUAUUUGUAUGCCCUUUCAUUCUAUUGCAAAAGCCUUACCCAGCGAAAAACGAAGAUAGCAACUGAAGCGAAGAAGAUUGAAAGUCAUAUAUAAUAGUAGAUCAAUUUGUAUAUAUAUAUAUAUUUCUUAUAAGGCAUUCCAUGUACUAUAUACCAUUUCAAGCAAUAAAGGCAUCUCCAUCUCGAAAAGAAUGAAUAAUUUAACCUACUUCGGUGUAAGGUUAUUCUUUUUUUUUUCAUUUUCC